AUGGCAUUCGAAUGGCUCGCACCGAUUCUCACACCCACCGCUCUUCGCUCAGUUCAAGCAGACGGCCGGCCAGUCAUUGCGCUCUUCCUUGUCAUCUUUGGUCUCUCAAUAUUCGGCGCUCUGAUCUGGUACAUCAACUUCGUCACGUCGAAGAUGUAUCCCAAGAAGAAGGACCCCAACGCCAAGAAAGGAAAACUCCUUGGCUUCAUCAAGCGGUAG